AACAUGGGUGUCAAAGGUCUUUGGUCGCUCUUGAACCCCGUGGCCAGACCUGUACAAUUGGAAAGUCUGGAAGGGAAGAGGUUGGCUAUAGAUAGUUCGAUAUGGCUCUACCAAUUUCAAGCUACUAUGAGAGAUAAAGAUGGACGUGUACUAGUCAACGCUCAUGUUCUUGGUUUCUUGAGACGGAUCAACAAGUUGUUGUUUCAUGGGAUUAAACCUGUCUUCGUUUUCGAUGGAGGGGCUCCUGUCUUGAAGCGUAAUACGAUUGCAGAAAGGAAACGACGGAAAGCUGGAGCAGCAGCCAAUCAUGCACGUAUGGCCGAAAAACUCUUCGCCGCUCAAAUGCGUCGUGAAGCCGUCAAAGCCGCUCAAUCAGCUCGUGAAUCUCGCGCGGCACGGGAAGCAGCUGCCUCAGCAACCGUCGCCGCUUCUUCUCGACAAGAAGAAAGUGAACAAAUACCAGAAGGUGCCAUUUAUCUCGAAGAUCUGGAAGGUCGUGCUGGUCCAUCCUCUCAACGUCCUCUACCCUCCAUCACAAAUCCAACAUCUUCUAUAUCGCCAAACCCUCCUGAUGCUGCCGAAGAACGUCGAAAGAAAUUCCGUAAACAUGAUCCAUACAAAUUACCCGCUGCUGAGAUGCCUACCCUUUCCACCGAUUCUAGACCAGAUGCAAGACUAGCUACAGAAGCUGAAUUACAACAGUUCAUAGAAGAGAUCCAACCUAAUGAUAUAGACGUAGAAUCUGCUGAAUUUCGAGCUUUACCUACAGAAGUCCAAUAUGAGAUCAUCGGUGAUCUCAGAAUUAGAUCAAGACAGCAAAGUCAUAAACGUCUUGCGGACAUGUUGAGAGCAGCUCCGUCGGCUUUGGAUUUUUCUAAAGCUCAAAUCAAAAAUCUCAGUCAGAGGAACGCCUUGACUCAACAAUUAUUGACGGUGACGGAUAUGGUGGGAAAGGCACAUUUGACAAUACCGGUGAGGAUCGCCGCGGAAAGGAAUAGAGAAUAUGUAUUGGUCAAACGGGGUGAGGAGGAUGGGGGAGGAUGGGCUUUGGGUAUAAGGGAAGGAGCUAAGGAGAGACCUAUAGAGGUAGACAAGCAAGAUUCGGAGGACGAAAGUGAUGAAGAGUCAGAAGUUAUGGAUGACUCGGAUGUAGAAGAGGUCAAACAGACUGAGCAAGUGGUGGCGCAACAACGAAGAAAGAAACUACUGGACGCUAUAACAGCCCGAUACGCUCCUAUCCCUUCACCCAGAAAGUCGGUAGACGUACCAGUCAAGCCCUUUGGUCCAAAAAAGACAUUCGGUGCCGCUCCAUUAUUCGAAGAAGAGGAUGAAGUUCAGAUUGUAGUACCUACGGCAAAUGAUGAAGCUCUAGCUUUGGCUUUACAGCAAGAAGAGCUUGGAUCAGAUGAGGAAGAGGUGGAUCAAGAUUUAGCUAGAGCUUUGGCUCUCAGUCGGCAAGAGGCGGAAAGGCAAGACGGUUCCACACAGAUGGAUACGCGAGAAGUGUCGGAUGCACGAUCGGCAUCAGUUUCCAGUUCUCAGGUUGAGGUGGGGGAGGAAUUGGGGUCGGACGAUUCGAUGGAAGAAGUAUCUUUGGUCCCUUCACGUCCGAGCACACCCGGUGUUAUCACGGGAGAGUUGAUAGUUGACGAAGAAGAUGAUUUUGAGGAGGUGCCGACAAUACCAAUACCUAGUCAGCUAGCCCGUGUCGAUUUUUCAGCGCCCGGUCAUACAAACGGGACUGAGACGACGACAUCAGCAAUGAGUUCCAUCAGACAGACGACGGCUACUGUCCCAACGAGGCCAUCGGUUCUGAGACGACCCACUGAGGAGGUCAUUGAGAUGGACGGGGAUGGGUCUGAACGUGUGGCAUCCGCUUUCGCCGCGAGCAUGCCGUUCAAUCUCGAGCGAAGAAGUCAGCCCGGCAUUGUAAAUUCGUCGUCAAAGAGGUCGAUACCUCCUACAUCUGCUCCGCAGCCAUCGAUGACACAACCGACGGAAAGAGAUGGAAGGGCACGCCCGUCGUCGAAGACGCAAAGUGUAGUAGGCGUCUCGGCAGACGUUCCUGCGGUUCGAUCGACCUUGACCCCUCCCGCCUAUCCGACUGCGCCGCUGUUAUCUAAUCCCCCUCCAUCGAUACCCUUUGCUAGUGUCAAACCCAUUCCGCCAUUGUCCACCGCCGCCCCAAAAAGACCAUCGGUGAAUCACGGAAAUACACUAGACCAAGUUCCCACAAAUAAACCUGCGAUGUCUCGUACCGUCACCGAAUCUAAUAUUCAAUCCAUCGCCUCUACUCGUGACACCAUUGUCACUUCCACAAAUUCGGACGUGAGGUCAUUUACUGGCACUCCGACUCGCUUUGACGAUGACGGAGAAGAAGAGCAAGAGCAAGAGCAAGAAGAAGAAGAAGACGAAGAAGAUAUCAUCCCAUGGUCACGGUCACCCUCUCCCAUUCGACCCCUACUUCAACCCGAAGCAUCCAACACAAGUCUUCAAUCCCUUCCCUCAGAAAUCGAACCUGACAUCGAACAUGACUCCGAUAACGGUGCACUUCAUCCUGAUGACAUCAUCGCCGAAACUGAUGAUUACGCAAGAUUUCUCUCUCAAAUCAAGAAUCGUGAUUUAGCAGAAGUCCAAACUGAAAUAGAUGAUGAAAUCCGAGUUUUACAUUCCGCAGCAAAACUCGCAGCUAGAGAUGCAGAUGAAAUCACAGCUCCUAUGAUCGCUCAAAUUCAAACUUUACUUCGACAUUUCGGUAUACCAUAUAUAACAGCACCGAUGGAAGCUGAAGCUCAAUGUGCUAAAUUGGCAACAUUAGGAUUAGUAGAUGGUAUAAUAACGGAUGAUUCUGAUGUUUUUUUAUUUGGUGGAAAUCAAUGUUUUAAAAAUAUCUUCAAUGAUUCUAAAUAUGUUGAAUGUUUUUUAUCAUCAGAUAUUCAAAGAGAAAUUUCUUUAGAUAGAGAAAGACUUAUCUCUUUAGCUUAUUUAUUAGGAUCAGAUUAUACUAUUGGAUUACCUGGUGUUGGACCUGUUAUAGCAUUGGAACUAUUAAGUAAUUUUCCUGGAAGAAGAGGAUUAGAAGAAUUUAAAGAAUGGUGGUUGAAAGUCCAAAGAGGUCAAGAUGAAGUUAUUAUAGAGAAUAAUAAUUGGAAAGAAAGGUUUAAAAAGAAAAAUAAGAAUAGUAUUUUUUUAACUACAGAUUGGCCAAAUCCGUUGGUUAGAGAAGCUUAUUUGUUUCCUGAAACGGAUGAUUCAAAAGAAGAAUUUCAUUGGGGUUUUCCAAAAUUAUCUUCUUUGAGAUCAUUCCUACACGAAGAACUCUCUUGGUCAAUAUCCAAAGUCGACGACGAACUUACUCCUAUCGUUCAACGAAUAGCACGUCGAGGUAAAUCCGGUGCACUCAACGUACAAAGCACUUUAGAUCCUUUCUUUGAUACUUCUGUCAUUUCAGGUAAUUACGCACCUAGAAAACGUAUGACAGCAAACGUUUCAAAGAGAUUAAUGGGGGUUAUAAAACAGUUCAAAGAGGCAGAAGCGAGAUUGAGUGGGGGACGUGAAGUUGAUCAAUCUCAAUCGGGUUUGGAAAAGUUUGAUGAUGAGAAUGAGGAUGCUCAUUCUCAUGCUCAAUAUGAAAUCGUCAAGGAUGAGAUAAAUAUUGAGGGUGGUUCGGGAGAGGUUGGGGUAGUUGAGAAGAUGGAGGAAAGAGGGAAACGGAGGAAAGGUUCGAAAGUUAGUAUAGAAGAUGAAAGACCUACGAAAAGAAAGUCCAAGGGGAAAGAAGUUGGAGAGAAAAGAAAGACGAGGAAUAAAGGUGGGAAGAAAAGAGGAAAGAAAGAUUUGACAGUGGAAGAUGUUGAAAUGAUGGAUAUUGAUAUACCACCGGAAGUGGAAGCUAUCAUUGAUGGGACGACUACCAUUGAGUGA